AUUUGAGACGUGAAGAGGAUGUGAGAGUAUCAUCAGACAACUGAGGCACAUCACCAAACAAACAUCAGCCAUGUUUUCUCAUCAUUUCCUCUACAGAUGAAGAAUGAAAAUAUCUUCUUUUGUUGGAACAAGUAUAGGUUUGAUGUCAAAACCCAAUAAUGUCGGCUGUUACGGAGAACCUUUUGGAAACACUUGAUGAUCUGGGAGAUGAAGAGCUAAAGAUCUUCAAGUGGUUUCUGCAGCAAGCUGAUAUCCUGGAAGACUUCCCAGCCAUCCCAAAGAGCCAUCUGGAGAAGGCUGACAGGCCAGAUACAGUAGACCUAAUAGUGCAAACCUACAAUGACCAGUCUGUGGAGGUGACAAAGAAAGUGUUGACAAAGAUAAACAGGAAUGAUCUGGUGCAGAGUUUGUCCAACAUCACCUUAGGACCCAAACGUUUGCCAGCGCCAGAACCUGACCUAGAAGUCAUUGCGUCAUACCAGCACACAUUCCAAUCACACCUCCAGAACAAGUAUAUGUGUGCACAAGAAGGGUGGACAGAAAGGAUUGAUAAAAAACACCUAGAUGACGUCUACAUAGAGCUUUACAUUACAUAUGGGAGCAUUGUAAACAUCAACAGGCAGCAUGAGGUCAGGCAGGUUGAGAUGGCAUCAAGAGAACCAGAGGGAACAGAGCGACCAGUCCAACACAACGAUAUCUUCAAACACCCCUCUGGAAAAAACAUGCCUGUAAGAACAGUUCUGACCAUUGGGAUUGCGGGAAUCGGCAAAACGUUCCUUGUAAACAAAUACAUCCUGGACUGGGCUGAAGGACGAGCCAAUCAAGAUGUGCAUCUCAUAUUCCCCUUCACCUUCCGCCAGCUGAAUUUACUGAAGGGGAGAAGGUUUCGUUUGGCAGAGCUCAUUCACAAAUGUAUCAGGGAAACCAAAGAUAUCCAGGAGGAGGACCUUAAUGACAUCUUCACAAAACUACAGGCUUCAGGAAAUACCAACUAUGACAAGAGUAAAUUUAAACUUCUGUUUGUGCUUGAUGGGCUGGAUGAAAGCCGCCUUCAGCUCGACUUCACUACUGACAAAAAUCCCACUUUUGAUGGGACACAGGCAGUUGGAGUAGAUGUUCUGCUGACGAGCCUCAUUAAGGGGGAACUGCUCCCCUCUGCUCAUCUCUGGAUAACAACACGACCAGCAGCGGCUGAUAAGAUCCCUUUUGACUUUGUUGACAUUGUGACAGAGGUGAGGGGGUUCACUGAUCUACAGAAGGAGGAGUACUUUAGAAAGAGAUUCACAAAUGAGGAGGUGCGUGACAGAAUCAUCUCCCAUGUCAAGACAUCUCAAAGCCUCCACAUUAUGUGCCACAUCCCGGUCUUCUGCUGGAUCGCUGCUUCAGUUCUGGAGGGCAUGUUGAAAACUAGUAACAAAGAAGAGCUGCCGAAGACCCUGACUGAGUUGUACACAGAAUUCUUGGUGUUUCAGAUCAGACAGACGAAAGAUAAGUAUGGCAUAGAGACGAGCAUUCGGUACAUCCUGUCACUUGCAAAACUUGCCUUUGAACAGCUGGAAAAAAGGAACCUGAUCUUCUAUGAAAAAGAUCUCAAAGAGAGUGGCAUUGAGUUCAAUGAAGCCUCUGUGUACUCUGGAGUGUUCACGCAGAUCUUUAAAAAGGAGCGCCACUGGAAGAAGUACAAGGAUGCGGACAAGAUGUUCAGCUUUGUCCAUCUGAGCAUUCAGGAGUUUUUGGCUGCUGUAUAUGUAGUACAGUCACUCAUUAACAAAAACAAAAAUGUAAUGGCAAAACAGCAAUUCAAGUUCCGAAGUGUGCACACGCUUUUCAGCAAACUGUCUAUUGUAGAAGUCCAAAGAAUGGCUGUUGACAAGGCCUUACAGAGUCCAGAUGGACACCUGGACUUGUUCCUUCGCUUCCUCCUGGGUCUCUCCCUGGAGACCAAUCAGGAUAGCUUACAAGACCUGCUGAAACAGACAAUAAGUACUUCAGAGGCCAAUUUGCAAACAGCACAGUACAUCAAGGAAAAGAUUCGAGAGAAUCUGUCUCCAGAGAGAUGUAUCAACCUGUUCCACUGUCUGAAUGAACUGAAUGAUCAUUCUCUAGUGGAGGAGAUCCAGCAGUGCCUGAGUUCAGGAAGUCUCUCCACAGAAAAACUCUCUCCUGCUCAGUGGUCAGCUCUGGUCUUCAUCUUACUGUCAUCAGGAAAAGAUCUGGAAGUGUUUGACCUCAGGAAGUAUUCUGCUUCAGAGGAAGGUCUCCUGAGGCUGAUUCCAGUGGUCAAGAACUCAAAUGUAUUCUUCCUGAGUGGUUGUAAUUUGUCAGAGAGAAGCUGUGAAGCUCUGGCCUCAAUUCUAAGCUCCCAGUCCUCCAGUCUGAGAGAGCUGGACCUGAGUAACAAUGGCCUGCAGGAUUCAGGAGUGAGGCUGCUGAAUAGUGGACUGGAGAGUCUCCAUUGUCAGCUGGAAAUUCUUAGGCUGAGUGGCUGUAACCUGUCAUGGAGAAGCUGUGAAGAUCUGGCCUCAGCUCUCAGCUCCCAGUCCUGCAGACUGAGAGAGCUGGACCUGAGUAACAAUGAUGUGCAAGAUUCAGGAGUGAUGACGCUCUCUACCGGACUGAUGAGUCCAUGUUUGAAAUUGGAAACAUUCAGGUUGAAUGUGUGUAACCUGUCAGAGAGAAGCUGUGAAGCUCUGGCCUCACUCCUCCUCUCCCAGUCCUCUAGUCUGAGAGAGCUGGACCUGAGUCACAACGACCUGCAGGAUUCAGGAGUGACACAGCUCUCUGCUGGAUUAGAGAGUCCACACUGUAGACUGGAGACACUCAGGUUGUCAGGUUGUAUGAUAACAGAGGAAGGCUGUGCUUCCUUGACCUCAGCUCUGAGCUCUAACCCUUCCCAUCUGAGAGAGCUGGAUCUGAGCUACAAUCACCCCGGAGACUCAGGGGUGAAUCUCCUGUUGGCUAGAAAGGAGGAUCCACAGUGGAGACUGGACACUCUCAGAGUGGACCAUAUCGGCAUACAGUGGUUAAAACCUGGUCUGCGGAAAUAUGCCUGUGAACUCACCCUGGACCGAAACACAGCAAACAGAUACCUCUCCCUGUCUGAGGACAACAGAACGGUGACACUGGUGAAAGAGAAGCAGUCAUAUCCAUACCACCCAGAGAGGUUCCAAGAAUGGAAGCAGCUGCUAUGUAUGAAUGGUCUGACCGGCCGCUGUUACUGGGAGGUAGAGAUGAAAGGGUGGGUGUCUCUAGGAGUGACUUACAGAGGGAUCAGAAGGAGAAGAAGAGAGGCUGACUGCUGUCUCGGGCUCAGUGACAAUUCAUGGAGCGUGUGCUGCUCUCAUGGCCGUUACUCUGUCUUUAACAAUAACAAAAUGAGAGACAUUUGUAAGACCCCCCCUGUUUCUCAGAGAGUAGCAGUGUAUCUGGAUUGGCCUGCCAGCACUCUGUCUUUCUACAGAGUCUGCUCUGACGCACUGAUCCACCUCCACACCUUCAGCACCACAUUCACUGAACCUCUCUAUCCUGCGUUUGGGUUUGAGUACAUGAAUCGGUGUGACUCCACAGUGUCUCUGUGUCCGAUGUAGGAGGAAGAGUCACCUCCUGUGAACAAGCGUUAGUGUUGAAACAAGACUGCGCAGGAUCACUGUACACGGCAAAAAAGUACGUCUUAAGGUGUGGCUAUUAGCCCUUGUGUUUUUAUGUGAUUCAUCAGUGAACAUGGUUGUAGCAUAAUUUGUUAAAGUUAAGUGAUAAAGUUCUUGCAUGCCUGUGAAUUAUUGACAAAUAAAAAUAUUGUAUUUUUAUAACUCACCUUCUCA